GGGAGGGGGGCAUAAGGGCUCCUCUGGCGAAAGAGGAAGUUAAGUAGUCAGGGCACAGACUGGGGAUAACUUUAGGGGGGCUGCUUUGUAUCUGGGGGGUAAUCAGCUGGAAGAAUAGACUGGUAUCGUGUUGUGGACUAUGAGGCUCAGUUAGGCGUGUGCAGUGCAGUGAUUGCAGCUCUGGAGAAGAAGGUGCUGCACUAUGCAUCAGCUGUCUGCACAUUUACAUGCCAUGGCCGCUGUGGGCAAAUGUGCCACCCUGUACCCUGGGAUUGUCCUGCUCCUCACCUGCUCUCUGGCCCUAGGCCUGGACCCUUCAUCUUUCCUUUCUUCUUAUGAAAUUAUAACGCCCCAGAAAGUGACUCGUCUAAGAAGAGAUGCGUCUGGCUCCUUAAAGGAGGGUCUUUCCUAUGUCAUCCAGGCUGAAGGCAAGGAGCACAUAUUACAUCUGGAGCACAACAGCGAUUUAUUAGCCAAAGACUUUACCGUCUAUACAUACACAGAAGACGGGACCCGGCUGGCAAGCCCGCUUCACAAACAGGACCUGUGCCAUUAUCAGGGCUAUGCAGAAGGAUAUCCUGAGUCCCGGGUAGCCAUCAGCACCUGCUCAGGUCUAAGAGGCCUACUACACCUGAGUAACGGAAGCUAUGGCAUUGAGCCUCUGCAGUCUUCUUCCAACUUUGAACACCUAAUUUAUCGUCUUGAAGAUGUGAAGCAGGAUCCAAUGGUGUGCGGCGUUUCCAGUCCUGAAGAAGGACCCGAGAGUGAGCACAGCCACCCGCCCAGCAUGUUUCAUCUACUCCGCCGGAAGAAGCGGGCGGUCCUUCCCCAGACCAGAUAUGUGGAACUGUUCCUGGUGGUGGACAAGGAAAGGUUUGACAUGUUGGGACAGAAUACCUCCGCUGUACGAGCUGAAAUGGUGGAGUUGUCUAAUUACCUGGAUAGUAUGUACAGCAUGCUGAAUAUAAGAAUUGUCCUGGUGGGGCUGGAGAUCUGGACAAAUGUGAAUCACAUCAACAUUGAAGGCUCUGCCGGGGAAGUGCUUGGCCGCUUUGUGCAAUGGCGUGAGACGCAACUUAUACCGCGGCGCAGACAUGACAGCGCACAGUUUGUUCUGAAGAAAAGAUUUGGGGGCACCGCAGGAAUGGCCUUUGUGGGUACCGUUUGUUCCAGGAGCCACGCUGGCGGAAUAAAUGUGUUCUCAAAUCAGAACGUACCGUCUUUUUCUUCAAUUGUCGCCCAUGAACUGGGUCACAAUUUGGGGAUGAAUCACGACGACGACAGAGGCUGCACCUGCUCUACGAAAUACUGCAUUAUGAACUCCGGAGCCACAGAUUCUAAAAACUUCAGCAGCUGCAGCGAAGACGACUUUGAGAAGCUGAUUCUGAACAAAGGAGGGAGUUGCCUCCUGAAUAUGCCUAGGCCAGAUGAGUCCUACACCGCCCCCUUCUGCGGGAACAAAUUGGUGGACCCAGGGGAGGAGUGCGACUGUGGAAAUGAAAAGGAAUGUGAGAAGGAUCCAUGUUGCCAGCCUGGGACGUGCAAGCUGCGUUCAGGAGCGGAGUGUGCGAAUGGCGGCUGCUGCCAAAACUGCCGGUUUUCUCCUGGUGGUACCGUGUGCCGAGCUGUGACCAAUGAAUGCGAUCUCCCCGAGUAUUGCAAUGGUUCUUCACCUUUCUGCCAACCAGACGUAUUCAUUCAAAAUGGAAACCCCUGCCAGAACAACAAAGCCUAUUGUUACAAUGGCAUUUGCCAGUAUUAUGAUGGCCAGUGCCAAGGAAUUUUUGGACAGAAUGCAAAGGCAGCUGCUCCUAUAUGUUUCCAAAAUGUAAACUCCAAAGGUGACCGAUUUGGGAACUGCGGUUAUCAAGGCAGUGCAUACAAAUCGUGUGAAUCACGGAAUGCACUCUGCGGAAAGUUACAGUGUGAAAAUGUGAAAUCCAUGCCUAUCUUUGGUAUUGAGCCAUCAAUUAUUACGACCGUGGUCCCAGGUAUGGGUAUAACCUGUUGGGGAGUGGAUUUCCAACUUGGUACCGAUGUUCCAGAUCCUGCUAUGGUCAAUGAGGGCACCAAGUGUGCAGAAGGCAAGGUCUGUAAGGAUUUCCAGUGUGUUGAUGCAUCAGUACUGGGUUAUGACUGUGAUGUACAAAAUAAGUGUGGAGGUAAUGGGGUCUGUAACAGCAAUAAGAACUGUCACUGUAAUGAUGGCUGGGCCUACCCAGACUGCACAAAGAAGGGUUAUGGUGGAAGCAUUGACAGUGGCCCUACAUAUAACGAUAAAGACACUUCUCUCAGGGAUGGGCUGCUUGUUUUCUUUCUCUUGGUCCUACCUCUGUUGGCUCUUGGAGUAUUUGUAUUUUUCCGAAGAAAUGAACUAAAGAGGAAAUUCUGUGGAAGGAGAAGAUCACACGGUACAACACAAGAUGGUAACAGAGAGAUACAUAAAACUGCCCCUGGCAGAGGUGGUCCAACUGCAGGAGAACCAAGAAAUACUCCAAGCAAUGUACCAGAUAGAGGUGGUGCCUCAACAGGUGCUCCAAGAAAUGCAUCACAAAUGCAAGCAGCUAGAUUUCCCCCUAAUGCAAGACCUCAGAGAAAUAUGCAGAAUGUGCCACCAGUUGGGGGCCCUGCAGCUACUGCUCCUCCCAGAAAUGUGCCACCCAUGGGACCCAACAGAAAUAUUCCCCAACCAUUAUAUGAAAACUCCUAUAAACCGAAUAACGCUGCAGUUCCUACCUAUGCAGUAAGACAACCUCAACAUACACCGUCUAGGCCUCCACCUCCGCACCAAAGAGAAGUCACACAUCUUAACAUCGCCCCAGCACGCCCGCCGCCUGCUCCUCCAGUAUAACGCUGCUUUUUCGGAUCAGCAGAGCCUUCUUAUCUGACUUUAAUAUUAGGUACAUAUGUGUUUCCAUGAGGCACAUCUUUUACCAUGCUUGGGAGACAGAAUGAUUGCUUUCCAGAAACAUGAAGCUGGCCUUAAGGCCUAUGGUGCUCGAGUUUCAUAGCACAGUCAUAGAUUCUCAGUUUACAGCGCGUGACUUCAGAAAUGUCUGAGCAAUCAUUCAAAAACGUAUUACUCACACCUAAACAAGUAGACUUUUGAAGGAUUUUGCUGAAGGAUUUUUGUUGAAUUGGAUUUUCAGGCCUCAGAACAUCCUGUCAUCUGCACAAACCUAUUGCUGCCUGUACUGGGCCAAAUAAUAGGGUGUUAGCAUGCCGUCUAUUUACCAACCACAUCAGCUUGGUUUCAUUAGUUUUCCCACACUGGAUUUUCAGUCUUCUUCAUAGUCAUUAAAGGGUAGGUCCAUAUUAGCAAUUAAUUUUUUUUUUUACGUAUCAAUGCUUCGAUCAGUUUAUGACUACAGCUCCUAUGCAGAGCUAUGUGUCUCCAUGGUAACCGACUACAAAUGUCUCCCAUGCCUCUGAAGGUCAAAUUUCCUUUUCCAUCUUCCCCUAAUUUUUACUAACAUUUGGAUGGCAAUAUACACUGCAGGAUCAGACUACGCAGGGUUUGUUUGUAGUCUGUUACCAUGGAGACACAUAAAAUGGAAUUAUGUGCUGUAGAAACACAAAAAACUUUAACCUGGACUGUUUGAAAUAUUACUUUACAUUUUACUUGCAGUGGUCUUAUACACAAAAAUAGUUUGGAAAGGUGGAUGAAGCCUAAGGGCUGAUUCACACCACCAUGAUCUGCACGGUCGUGGAUUGGUUGCGUGUCUCUGGACGUCUGCGGCUCCUCUAACCCAAACCGAUUGCAUCAUAAAACACUAUGAUGUAGUCAUUUCGGGUCAGGGGAGCCCUUUUUGGUUCCCGGACUCAACACAAUCGUGUGAAUCAGCCCUUAAAAAAUGAACUAUGAAAUUAAAGGGGUAUUUGGCUAUAAUUUUUCAAACCCAUUUCUACCACUAUGAGCUCUUGACAAUGUCUAAUAUAUGGAGAAAAAGGGCCAUAUUUAUUCUUACUGCCUAACAGCAAAACGGUCUUUGUUGCCCAUAGCAACCAAUCAGAGCACAGAUUUCAUUUUCCCAGAGCAGUUAACGAUCUAGAAGGUGAGCUCUGAUUGGUGGCUAUAGGUAACAAAGACAGUUUUACUAUUAGACAGUUUUGAGGCACAAGGGGGGGGGGGGGGGAGAUUUGUCAAGAC